AUCUCUGCCUUCAGACGGCGUUGAGACGCACCGACAGGCGGACACGCUCGGCGCGACUCCCGGACUAAUUUCCUCAGCACUGCCCCGCUCCUCUGCUGGAGAAUCCCCGCAGCCGCCAGGAUUUCAUUCGUGUCCUAGAGGUUUCCUUCUGGACUUCAAGAGCAGAAACUGGUGCGGCACCUUUGUAAAUCAGAAGUUGGACAAUGCCAACAGCAGAGGAGCCACUCGAUUGUUUGCAGGGCAUCAUAGAGCCCAAGAGUAUAAUGUAGUCCUCACUGACUCCUUCUUCAAAACAAAGUCACUGGGCUGAUUUGGGCUAUGGAAGAAAUGGAGAAAGCUGUCGAGGAUUUAAAUUUGUCCUUUCUGCUGGAGCACGAAAGGGAAAUGAUCCUGAAGGUGCUGCAGAAAGAUGAGAAGCUGAGGAAACGUGAGGAGAAAAGGAUACGAAAGUUAAAAAACGACCUGCUGGAGAUCAAGCGGAAAGGUUCCCGCCGGCCGCAGGACUCUGAGGAGCGGCAGUGCGCUCGCUGCCUCAAAACGCUGGGGCUGAUCUUUGACCGUGGCGAACUCUGCGAUGAAUGCCGGCUGCGCGUUUGCAGCGACUGUCGCGGAACGAUCGCCGGCUCACGCAAGUGGAGAUGCAACGUCUGCGCCAAGAUUUCGGAGCUGAAAGUGGUGACCGGAGAGUGGUUCCUGGAGGAACGGUCCAGGCGCUUUGAGCAGAAAGAGCUGAGCAGCGACGUCAUCAAGCAGACCAUCCUGAGCGCCCCACCAAGUGCAGAAAAAAAGUCAACAGAAAACCUGUCAGCGUCCUCUGAUCUAGAGAAACCAGACACCCCAAAAUCCAACAGAAGUGCAGUGCGCAACAUCAUGGAUGGUGCCAGAAAAAAAGGACGGAUGAAGAUGGGUAAGAAAGGCAGCCGCGCCACCCUGAAACCAGGGAACGGAGUCUACAGCAGCAGCACGAAGUCGUCUUCAGAUGGAGAUACUCAAAGCGUUCGUUCUGCUCAGAGUCAGCAUUCAAACAGGAGCACUGCGGUGGCGUUGGAGUCCUCGGGUUUGCCCACGGUCCCCAACAAUCUCCGUUCCCAAACUCCAGAUAAAUCGCCCAACCCCAGCAACAACCGGAGGGUCAGGCCCGACGGAGCGGAGAGCGUCGCCAGUGUGCGCUCCAGCGAUGGUCUGCCUGAGAAGGAAGGGACGGGACUUCACCUCGCAAACUCGGGCGCGCCGACCAUCUCCGUGUCCUGCGCGUCUGUGUCGUCAGACCACAGCCGCUCAGAGAUGGACCUGUCAGCUCCGGGGUCCGAACACAGCGACGAUGCCCUCAGCCUCAGAAGCCGCUCCGUCCCCGGGCUCAACGAAGCGGAGUUUUCCGACGAGGACGCAGAGGAAGACAUCGACGCCCUGAUGUCGGCACACAGCCUGAGCAGGGGCGGACGCCUUAGCAACGCCGCAUCAACGUCCUCCACUCCCGGCACAGAAAGAAGGUGGGGGUACCUAAACAUCCCCGACUCGGACGCUGAGACCAGCAGCCUCAACAGCAUGAUGAGCAUGUACAGCGAGACGGGCGACUACGGAAACGCCAGGGUGAGCGGCGAGAUUCUCCUCAACAUCAGCUACAGCUACAAAACAGGCGCCCUCAACGUUCUGGUGAAAAAGUGUUACAACCUGGCAACAGGAGACGACAGGAGGCAGCGCACAGACGCGUACGUGAAGACCUACCUGCUUCCUGACACGUCCCGCCAGAGCAAGAGGAAGACGAGCAUCAGACCCAACACCAUCAACCCCGUUUUCAACGAGAACCUGAGAUACGUGAUCAGCCACUCGCAGCUGGAGACUCGAACCCUGCAGGUGUCCGUGUGGCACCACGACCGCUUUGGCUACAACAGCUUCCUGGGAGAAGUGGAGCUGACCUUUGACUCCUGGGAGUUCGACUCUCAGAUAGAGGAGUGGUACUCUCUGCAGCCCAGGGUAGAGAGCAGCACUGACUCCACCAUGCACUACAAAGGAGAGCUGACUGUCGUGCUCAAGUACAUUCCUGCAGAGAAAAACCUCACACUGCCUCUGGACCAGGUUCAAGUGAAGAAGAGUUUCCUGAAAGGCAAGAAGGCGAGCAGCUUCACGCUGCCUAAAGGGGGCAUGGUCGAGCUGCUGGUCAAAGGGGCCAAAAACCUAACAGCGGUCAAGUCUGGAGGCACUUCGGAUCCGUUUGUGAAAGGGUACCUCCUCCCAGACAACAACAAGUCAACCAAGCACAAGACGGCGGUGGAGCGGCGCACCGUGAACCCGCAGUGGAACCACACCUUCACUUACUGCGGCCUGCAGGACGGAGACCUCAACAACAUCUGCCUGGAGCUGACCGUGUGGGACAAAGAGGCUUUGUCCAGCAAUGUUUUCCUAGGAGGAGUCAGGCUGGGAGCGGGAACAGGCAAAAGCUACGGGAACGAGGUGGACUGGAUGGACUCGUAUGGGGAAGAGCAGCAGGUCUGGCAGCGCAUGAUUGAAAACCCAGAGGUUCCUCAAGAGUGCACUCUGAUGCUGCGGUCGACCAUGCGCAAGUGCAACACAUGAACUUAGACCGCAGCACAACGGAGGAGCGAAUUACAGGGAGGGAGAAAAGCAGAGGAAGCGGCCUGAAGUUGUGGAGAGAGAGCUGGAGAGGUCGAUCGGUCAAGAAAAGAAGCAAGCAGCGACUCAACUGGAACCGCUCCUCUUUGUGCUUUCUUCCUUUCUUUCUUUCUUGCUCAGAUCUCCUCUCCUGUCCACCACAGCCGGUCAUGCCUUACUCUCUCACCCACAUGUGCCCCUCUUUCCUCCCAAAGCAUCUGUCUUGACCAAGCACUGCUGCCAUUUGCUGCUGUUCUUAGAAAACCCGUGUUGUAUUUAACUUCAUGUAACUUAUAGAUAAGCACAUGGUUCCUCCUGA